AUGUCCAACACCAGCCCACUCGAGCCCUGCCCACCCGAUGGUGCGCCCGUCACCCGCUUCACCCUCCUCGAGCCGGAGCACGAUUCGGUCCUGGUUCAGCAACUGGAGCCGGAGAACAAGAUCGUAGCUAUCAGCGACGCUACCCCCCGCACAUCGUCCGGUGUUGACACCAAGACCGACGACGCCAGCGACGCCAUCCCCGACCACCACCUCCCGCCUCGCCCAGAGCUCGACGAGAUCGUCCAGGCCGCCCACCUCGCCCACGACCAACGCACACCCGGCGAAAAGCGAGACGAGCGCAUCUCGUUCGACUCUGACAAUGCCACCGACCAAAAGCACGACGACACGCGUCAGUCGAUCUAUCUCGUCGACGAGGACAUCCAGCUGCAUCUGCGCUUCUACCGCCGCAACAUCCCCAUGCUCAUCCUCUGGUAUUCGCUCUGCAUCGUCACCGCGGGCAUCUGGUUCAUCGUGGACAACUGGGCGAACAACAAGUUCUGGAUCCGCUGGAACACUUCCCCCGCCACGCUCAAGGCGCAGUCCAACAACGACAAGCUCGUGCGCAUCAAGAGCAAGCAUGGCGAAGUCGAAAUCUUGUCGCUCAAGCGCGCCACUUUUCCGCAUCCCAUGCCCUUCGCCCAGGUCUUCCCACCCAGCCUCAAGGAGCCCUUCCGCUCUCCUGACGAUGUCGUUGCCGCCGCCACGUCGACAGCCAGCACGUCAACGAGCGAUACUAACACCGUCGAGCAGCUGGGAUACGUCGACAUCCUCGAGUACCGCGCCACCACCUUCCUCCUUCACCCCGUCACCGGCAAGUUCCACCUGCUCGCAUCGUGGCGCGACCCCGCCUGGGCCACGGCGCUCACCUCCACAGGCCUCCCCUCCACCCAGCUACGCGACAGGCACGCGCUUUUCGGCCCCAACCAGGUCUCGGUCAAGGGAAAGUCGGUGCUCGACAUCAUGAUCGAAGAAGUACUCCAUCCCUUCUACAUCUUUCAGAUCUACUCCAUCGUACUGUGGUGUAACGAUGAGUACGUGCCCUACGCCAUCGUCAUUGGCAUCGUCUCGAUCAUUGGUAUCCUCGCAACCACCGUCACAACAAAGGCAGCCAUCGAGAAACUCAAAAAGAUGAGCAGGUUCAGCUGCGACGUCUCGGUCCUCCGCGCCUCUCCCUCGACCGCAACCCCCGCCGCCUCGCCCCUCGGCGCCACCGCCUCGACAGAGUCCGACGAGAAGCAGCUCGGCGACGUCCAGCCCGCCUGGAAGCAGCUCAACAGCGAAGACCUCGUCCCCGGCGACAUUGUCGACCUCGGCGCCAAGUACGGCGACGCUAGCGCCGACUCCUUCGGGCACCGACUCAUCGAAACCCUUCCCUGCGACCUGGUACUUCUGGAGGGUGACUGCAUUGUCAACGAGUCCAUGCUUACGGGCGAGUCGGUACCCGUGGUCAAGUCUGCCGUCUCCCGUGCCGACCUUUCCGACGUUCUGGCCGCCGGGAACGGCGACUUGGCCCGGCUUGACAAGAACGUGCUCUACUCUGGCACAAAGCUCAUCCGCGUACGGCCAGGAGCGUCCAACGCUACGCGUGCGCUCGUCAUUCGAACCGGAUUCUCCACCGCCAAGGGAUCCCUCGUCCGCCAAAUGCUCUUCCCGCGCCCAAUCUCGCACAAGUUCUACCGGGACGCCUUCUACUUCAUCGGGAACCUCUUCAUCAUCGCCACGAUCGGUAUGGUGGCCAGUAUAAUCUAUUUUAAGAUCAUCGGGGUCAGCUCCGAGGAGAUCGCCUUGCGUUCGCUCGACGUGCUCACGAUCGCCGUGCCCCCAGCGCUGCCCGCUACGCUCUCGAUCUGCGUGACUUUCUCCAUCGCACGCCUCAAGCGCGGAGACAUCUUCUGCCUCAGCCCUCAGCGUAUCAACGUCGCUGGCAUGGUCAACAUGUUUGUCUUUGACAAGACAGGUACUCUCACCGAGGAGGGUCUCGACGUGCUUGGAAUUCGUACGGUUCGUGGAGGCAAGUUUACCGACCUUGUCCAGCACGGCGACCAGACCAGCCGGGACAGCGGCGAGGGCGAGCUUACCCUCGUCGAGGCUAUGGCUACGGCACACGACCUCAACCUGCUCGAUGGCGAGCCCAUCGGCGAGCCGCUCGAGGUCAAAAUGCUCGAGUGGACGCGCCGUCAGCUCCAGGACGAUGCUACGCUUGCGCCCGUGCGCCUUGCCAACGAGUCGGCCGCCCAGCAACCGCAAACGGAUCGAAGGCCGUUGACGAAGGACGGUACGCUGGCUCGUGUGCCCGUGAUCCUUGCCGACGGCGCGCGCGCUUCGCUAGCAGUGGUACGCACGUUCGAAUUCACCGCCUCGCUGCGCCGGAUGAGCGUCAUCGUCAAGCGCGACAACGAACGAGGUGCGCAGGUGUACUGCAAGGGAGCGCCCGAGUCGAUUGCCUCGCUGUGCCAUCCAUCGUCGCUACCGAGCGACUACAAUGCGGUGUUGGACAGGUGCACGCGUUCGGGCUUCCGCGUGCUGGCCGUUGCGGGCAAGCACAUCGACGCGCUCGGCUGGAACGGCGCCCAGACGCUCACGCGCACCCAGGCCGAGAGCGCGCUCGACUUUCUCGGCCUGAUCGUAUUCGAGAACAAGCUCAAGCCCGCCACGACGGCGUCGAUCGCCACCAUCGCCGGCGAUGCAAGGCUGCCCAUCAAGAUGUGCACGGGCGACUCGGUGCUCACCGCCGUCUCGGUGGGCAAGGAGUGUGGAAUCGUCGAUGCGCACGCCGAGGUGUUUACGCCUCGAUUGGCGCACGCGCACGACAAGGACUCCAAAGCUCCCGCUGUCCUUGAGUGGGUCAGCGUCGACAACGAGCACAACAGGCUCGAUGCGUACACGCUCGACCCCGUUUCGCGCGAGGGCGAGACGCCAAGGAGACUCAAGGACGUCGAACUUGCCGUGUCGGGAGAGAUUCUGCGAACGCUCAUUGAGUUUUGCUCCGCCGAAACGCUCGCGCGCAUCCUGGUGCACUGCAAGAUCUUUGGCCGCUUCUCGCCCGAGCAAAAGCAGGAGCUCGUCGAGCGUCUCCAGACGCAUGGCUACGUCGUCGCCUUCACGGGUGACGGCGCCAACGACUGCGGUGCGCUCAAAUCCGCCGACGUCGGUCUGUCGCUCUCGGAGGCGGAAGCAUCGGUAGCCGCGCCGUUCACAUCGAGGAAGAAGGACAUCUCGGCCAUCAUCCAUCUGAUCCGCGAAGGUCGCUCGACGCUGAGCGUCUCCUUUGCCAUGUUCAAAUUCAUGAGCUGCUACUCGCUCGCCGAGUACUUUACCGUCAUCCUGCUGUACGGCAAGGCGACGUCGCUGGACAACGCCGAGUAUCUGUUCAUCGACAUCUUUUGCGUGCUCCCCAUCGCGAUUGGGCUCGCCAACUCGUUGCCGGCCAAGAAGCUCUUCCGCUUGCCGCCCGAGGCGAGGCUGUCGUCGUCCAAGCCCGUCGUAUCGAUGCUGGGUCAGGUCAUCCUUGGCUUCCUUGCGCAGACGGUGGUGUACGUGGUGCUGCACCAGAAGAGCUGGUACGAACCGCCCGAGUUCGACCCCGAGGAUCUGACGCUCAACGACAUGGACAACACCGCACUCUUCCGCACCUCGGUCUUCUCCUACAUCAUCGCCGGAUUGGCCUACUCGCUCGGACCACCCCACCGUCAGCUGCUCUGCUUCAACUGGAUCCUCGCACCCGCCCUCGUCAUCUUGUCGAUUUUCUCGUUCUACUUCCUCUUCCUCACCGGCGGUCCGUUCUUCAGCCUGUUUGGUUUCGUCGAGAUGCCUCACCACUUUAGCUGGAUCAUCUUUGGCGUGGUCAUGGCGCAGUUCGGCCUCGGCAUGAUGUUCGAGUUCUUCGCCGUGGCUCCGGUGGCCAGGGCGGUCGCCAAGCCUUUCAAUGCUGCCAAGAAGAGGCUAGGCGGCAAGAAGAAGAAGCCGUACAGGAUCACCGAAAAGGCCAUCUACUCGUGA